GAUUCAGAGAAACAAUGAGGAGGUUCCAUUUAAGGUAGCUCAACAUCACUGGAUGCAGAGACCAAUUUUCUUGUGUCAGAGGGUUGUCUAUAUAGGCCUACAACCUAUAGAACAGUUUGUCAGCACUAAACCUGUACCUCAGUCCAGAGGUAUUUUUUAUUAUUUAAGUUGCUAUUUUUUCUCAGCAUACCAAAAACACAGAAUCAUCCAGGACUGCCCUCUUAAGAUUUCACUAUUUGAAUAUUCUACCAAACAGCCAGAUAUGGCAGAUCAAAGGUUCCUCGUGGAGUAUGCCAAGCGUGGUACUGCAGGAUGCAAGAAAUGCAAGGACAAAAUCCAGAAGGGCAUUAUGCGCAUAGGGAAGAUAGUGCCAAACCCUUUCAGUGAGUCUGCGGGGGAGAUGAAAGAAUGGUAUCAUGUCAAGUGUAUGUUUGAGAAGCUGGAGAGAGCAAGGGCCACCACUAAAAAGAUUGAGGACAUCACAGAGCUGGAGGGCUGGGAGGAACUGCAGGACGAUGACAAGGAGCUCAUUAGUAAACAUGUUUCAGACCUGAUGGCCAAAGUAAAUGCAAGUCCAAAGAAGAAGGUGCAGGCCAAAUUAAACAACACUAGUCAAAUAACAUCUCCUCCUGCUGAUCUGUCCACAAAUGCACCCCGCAAGUUCUCUGGCUUCACAGCUGUGAAUGCCGGGAGCUCCAGCAGUCCGGCGCCCUCCUCUUCCCCAGUCAAACCCUGCAAGGGCAGCGCCCUGUCAGCUCAGCUCAGUGACCCCAGCCACAAAGACUGCCUGCUGCGAGAGUUUCGCAAGCUGUGUGCUAUGGUGGCUGAAAAAAACAGUUACAAUGUGAAGACACAGAUUAUCCAGAACUUUCUGAAGAAAGGCUCCGGGGGAGAUAAGUUUCGCGGUGACUUAUACCUGACAGUGAAGCUGCUGCUCCCGGGGGUAGUAAAGAGUGUCUACAACCUCAAUGACAAGCAGAUUGUCAAACUCUUUAGCCGCAUCUUUAGAUGCAACCAGGAUGACAUGGUGCGAGAUCUGGAGCAGGGGGAUGUGUCUGAGACAGUACGGAUGUUCUUCGAUGACAGCAAAUCAUUUCCUCCUGCUGCCAAGAGUCUUCUGACUCUUCAGGAGGUGGACGCAUCCCUGUCCCGCCUGUCCCAGCUGACCAAGGAGGAUGAGCAACAGAAGGAGCUAGAGGAUCUAUCCAAAAAAUGCACUGCCAAUGACCUAAAAUGUAUCAUUCGACUUAUCAAGCACGACUUGAAGAUGAAUUCCGGAGCAAAGCAUGUCUUGGAUGCUGUCGACCCAAAUGCCUACGAUGCCUUCAAGGCUUCACGUAACCUUGGUGAUGUGAUUGAGCGUGUGUUGAGGAACCAACAGGAGGCAUCCAAUGGUUCAGGCACCAGAAAACAGCUCACUAUUGAGGCCUCCCUCAUGACUCCCGUUCAGCCGAUGUUGGCAGAGGCAUGUAAAUCCAUAGAGUAUGCCAUGAAGAAAUGCCCCAAUGGGAUGUAUUCGGAGAUCAAAUAUGAUGGAGAGCGUGUACAAGUCCACAAAGAUGGAGACAGCUUUUGCUACUUCAGCCGCAGUCUCAAGCCAGUGUUGCCACACAAGGUGGCCCACUUUAAGGAGUACAUCCCUAAGGCUUUUGCCGGUGGCCACAGUAUAAUACUGGAUGCUGAAGUCCUCCUCAUUGACACGACCACCAGCAAACCCUUGCCUUUUGGGACCUUGGGCGUACACAAGAAAGCAGCCUUCCAGGAUGCCAACGUGUGCCUUUUUGUCUUCGACUGCAUCUACUUCAAUGGUGUGAGCCUCAUGGAGCGGCCGCUCUGCGAACGCCGGAAGUUUCUCCAUGACAACAUGGUUGAGGUCCCCAACAGGAUCCUCUUCUCUGAAAUGAAGCACGUCACUAGGGCAAGAGACCUAGCUGAAAUGAUUACUCGGGUAAUCAGAGAAGGCCUUGAGGGACUGGUGCUGAAAGACGUCAAGGGCACCUAUGAGCCAGGGAAGCGCCACUGGUUGAAGGUGAAGAAGGACUAUCUGAACGAGGGGGCCAUGGCUGACACGGCUGAUCUGGUGGUGUUGGGGGCCUUCUACGGCAAAGGCUCCAAUGGGGGCAUCAUGUCCAGUUUUCUAAUGGGCUGUUAUGACCCGGACUCCAAGAAGUGGUGCACAGUCACCAAGUGCUCCGGAGGCUAUGAUGACGCCACUUUGGCCAGGCUCCAGAAAGAGCUGGAUGUGAUCAAAAUAAGCAAGGAGCCAAGCAAAAUUCCUAGUUGGUUGAGAAUCAUCAAGAACUAUUAUCCAGAUUUCAUUAUCCGCGAUCCUGAGAAAGCACCCAUCUGGGAGAUCACAGGUGCAGAGUUUUCCAAAUCAGAGAUGCACACAGCUGAUGGCAUCUCCAUCCGAUUCCCCCGCAUGACCCGCAUCCGUGAUGACAAAGACUGGAAGAGUGCCACCAACCUGCACCAGCUCAGAGAGCUGUACCGCAUAUCAAAAGAGAACUGUGACUUUGAAGUGACAGCUGGAACGUCUAAAUCUAACGAUGACAAGGGCUCAUCAGGAGGCAACAGCGGCAGCAGCUCCCCAUCCUCCUCCUCCCAUGGAGCUGUAAUUCCCAAGAAGACCAGUAACAAUGGUACACCAAAAGCAAAGGCAGUGAAAUCUGAACCUCGUACGCCUGUCUCAGAAGGACCCAGUGCAAAGAAGGCAAAGAAAUGUGAAAAUGUUCACAGCAAUGGACAAACCACUCCAAAGGCUACCCCUCAUGGUCAGGCAUCAAGUAAUGACCAGACUUUAUUGGACAUCUUCAGUGGGAUUAAGCUCUUUCUGCCCAGCUCUACUCAGGACUUUGACAAGCUGAGGCGAUAUUUUGUAGCUUACGAUGGGGACCUUGUACCAGACUAUGACGCCGUCUCAGCCACACACACACUCGCAGAACCCGAGGAGGAAAGUGAUGCUAAAAGAGUCACCGCCAGCUGGAUUUGGGAGUGUAUCCGCAAGAGGCAUGUGGUGCCGCCUUGUUGAAAAGACACCUACAGCCAGUUACCCUACUCUUACGAGUCGUCCUGGUUGCUGCAUCACCGCCUCUGCCGAUCCGGGGAGGGCUGCAGACUACCACAUGCCUCCUCCGAUACAUGUGGAGUUACCAGCCGCUUCUUUUCACCUGACAGG